AUGGUCGCAACCACCACGGACCACGAACUCAUCCGCAAUUGCAUCUCGCGCUACUGCAUUGGCGUCGAUCUCAGAGACUGGGAAAUCUUCUCCAGAGCCUUCACGAACAACGUCAAAGUAUCCUUUCCUGCACCCGCUGAGAGCACCGAAGGAAUCGCAGCACUCACGUCCUCAGUGCAAGGCAUGGUCGGCAUUCUCCAAACACAGCAUGCUUUGAGCACGCAGGUCAUCGAACUGACGGGCGAACGAACGGCAGAAGCCACGACUUAUGUCAGCGCCGUCCUGUCCGGUGUGGGCAAGAACGAAGGUAAAUUCGUGACUAGUUGGGGCAUGUAUCAGGACAAGCUUGUGAAAGACCUUUUUGAAGGUAGGGAAGAUUGGAGGAUAGCUGAGCGGAUAGCCAGUUCUUGGCUGCCUUUGACUGGGGAUUUGUCCUUACUUUCAGCGUAG